AUGGACGCGGCUCCCGGCGGCGACACCGCGCCAACAGCCACCGGUCACGGUCUGCAUGGCAUCCCCGUGCUCAUCACGCCUUUCCACCAGCCGGGCGGCGCCGCCGCGUCGACGGAGGCGAUGCGCACGGCGCUCCAGGGCUUCCUCGUCCUCCAGGGGCAAGGGCAGGGGGAGGCCAAGGAGGACGAGCGGAAGAAGUGGUUCAGGGAGAUGCGCGGGUGGCUGAUGGUGCUGGCGACCGUGGCGGCGUCGGUGACCUACCAGGCCGGCCUGAACCCGCCCGGCGGGUUCUGGCAGGACACCAAGGAGGGCCCCGGCGGGCACCGGCCCGGCAACCCGGUGCUGCGCGACGAGCACUGGGUUCGGUACGUCAUCUUCUACUACUUCAACGCGACGGCGUUCGUGACGUCGCUGGUGAUCAUGGUGCUGCUCAUGAGCGAGCGGUUCUACCACGGGGAGGCCAAGGUGGUGGCGCUCAUGCUCACCACCUUCGUCGACCUCGCCAGCCUCGUCGGCGCCUACAUCGCCGGCACCACCCGCUACGCCACCUCCUGCGUCUACAUCGUCGUCAUCACCUGCGUCUCCUUCAUCUGCGUCGUCUACAUCGGAGAGUACGUAGCCACACAUCUUUAUCCAUAUUGCAUACAUACAUGCAAUAUUUAUAAAUGUAUGCGAUGUUCUUGCAGGGCGAUGGGGGAGAUAUGCGCCUUCGUCCUGAAGAAGAUAAAGUGCAUGCGUAAUCUGGCGAAGCGGAAGUGGUUCCCGGUGCCGGCGGGUGUGGUGACGAGAUCGCUGCCGGACGAGGAGGCGGAGGAACGCAGGAAGAGAGCGGCGAGGAGCAACCGCCCCACUUGCUGCCUGUGCUGUGGGCAGUCACCGGCGACGUCUGAUAGGCGCGACGUGGAGGUGCAGUGA